AUUGUUUAUUUUUUACUACAGGCAUUAAAAGUUUUCGUUUGCACGCGUGUCGUGAGGACGGUUCCUUGGAGGCCCAAAUGGUAGAGUUAACAUGGGAUACAAUCACUCGCUGGGAGAGUGAUGAAGAAUCAAUGUCAUUUUGUUUUCAAUAUAAUCGUUCAGAUAAACCGGCUCGUUGGGUGAAAGUCUACACACCAUUCCAUGCUUAUCUCGCUGAUUGUUUCGAUCGAAUAAUGGAAGAGCGUAAGUGGGAGGAUAGCGGUGACUAACGACUAAACUUACAUUAGCCAUAAUUCGAAUUUAAAUUGUAUAUUUUAAAAAUAAUUUUUUUUCUAUAUUUGCUGAUAUUUAUUUGCAUAAGUUGCAUAAGUAAUAGAACACACGCCUCUUUACUCUCAAAUGCUCUCAAAUCCACACAACAGCUUAGAUUUAUAAGUAUAAGAAACUAU